UUUACUGGCACUGAGAUCAGCAGACUGUGUAGUCUUCAUUCACCUCCUCGACUACAAGCUUUACUUCCUGGAUACGCGUUCACAGAAACAGCCAGGUUGAAUUUGUUAUUAUCGUCUUAAACGGAUUUUCUGUCGACUUGUAUCUUAUACACACAAAGACGCAAGUUUACAACGAUAAAGGACCGAUUAAUGUCAGGGAACUACCGAUGAUAACGUAAAGCUGCCACGUAGAAGUCGCAGAGGAAGAGCGCCACGUCAUUGAUUGGCAGAGAAACACACCCGGGCUUUAGCCCCGCUUUGGACCGGAAAUUAGACGUUUACACUUCACUAUCAGCCUCCACUGUGCUGCAGCGGUCUCCGUGCUGUUUAACUUACUAUUACCGAAAGAAGGCCAGACAAUAAACUGCCAAACAUGGCGGCGUCCAACGCUGGUCUCACCAUGAAUGUUGUGAACAGUAUCGUCGGGGUCAGCGUGCUCACCAUGCCCUUCUGCUUCAAACAGUGUGGGAUAGUGCUGGGAACAGUGCUGCUGUUCUUCUGUUCCUGGAUGACCCACAAGUCUUGCAUGUUCCUGGUCCAUACGGCCAACAACACCAAGCGAAGGACCUAUGCUGGAUUGGCCUUCCAUGCUUAUGGGAAACCAGGAAAAGCACUGGUGGAGACAAGUAUGAUCGGGUUGAUGUUGGGAACCUGCAUCGCCUUCUAUGUUGUCAUUGCAGAUUUGGGCUCAAAUUUCUUCGCUCAGCUGAUGGGUUUACAGGUGACUGGCAGUUUUCGUGUGCUGCUGCUGAUCGCCGUGUCACUGUUCAUCGUCCUCCCUCUGAGUCUGCAGAGGAACAUGAUGUCCACCAUCCAGUCCUUCUCAGCUAUGGCUCUCAUCUUUUACACCCUGUUCAUGUUCACGAUGGUGCUGUCCUCGUUCAAACACGGGCUGCUCAGCCGCUGGUGGCUAGGGCAGGUCAAUGUGGUGCGCUGGGAGGGUGUGUUUCGCUGUCUCCCCAUCUGUGGGAUGGCCUUCGCCUGUCAGUCGCAGGUGUUGCCGACCUACGACAGUCUGGAAGAGCCAUCUGUAAAACGCAUGAGCACCAUCUUCACCUCGGCCCUCAACGUAGUCACCAUCUUCUACAUCACUGUGGGGUUCUUUGGCUACGUCAGCUUUACAGAAAACAUUGAGGGCAACGUGCUGAUGAACUUCCCGUCCAACCUGGUGACGGAGAUCAUCCGCGUUGGCUUUAUGAUGUCUGUGGCUGUGGGGUUCCCUAUGAUGAUCCUGCCCUGCCGCCAGGCCAUCAACACCAUGCUUUUUGAGCAGCAGCAGAAGGAUGGGACAUUUGCUGCCGGAGGAUACAUGCCUCCUCUGCGCUUCAAGAUGAUCACCCUCUGCAUUGUGUUUGGCACCAUGCUGGGAGGCAUUCUCAUCCCCAACGGUACAUCAUUGGAAACCAUUCUGGGUCUGACUGGAGCCACCAUGGGCAGCCUCAUCUGUUUCAUAUGUCCCGCUCUCAUCUACAGGAAAAUCCAUAAGAAUGGCAUCAUUUCUCAGCUGGUGCUUUGUGUGGGUCUGGGCAUCCUGCUGAUCAGCACCUUUACCACCCUCUCAAUUUCGGCCAGUAGCCACAUCAAGGGCCGAUCCCAUCCUCCUCCAGCACCUGUCAAGAACAACCCGCAACUACCUGGCGUGGCUGAAGUGCAUGACUCGACUCCAAACCAGAAGCCAGUGGAGAUAGAAAAACCUGACCUCCCAAGGGCUGCGGAGGUAGUGGAGUCUGUGCAGAGGAACCAGGCUGAGCCCCCGCCGAUUAAAGGACCAGUAGAAUCACCCGAGCUAACCGAGAGGAAGAAGGAAGAGGAGGUGCAGUUGGACCGUCCCGAUGCUGCCGGCGGUGUAGUGCCAGAGGUGGAGGCCCAUCGCCACGAACCCCCCAUCCCUCAUGAGAAGGUCAUGGUAGACACAAGAAAGAAUAAUGCUGAGAAACAAAUAGCUGGAGGGGGAGAGGAAGAAUCCAACAGAGAUGAAGAGCACGGGCAUGCUAUGAAAAUUGAGGACAAGAAGGAUAAAGAGAAACUGAAGCCUGCAGAGGGUGCUGGGGGGGAAGAAGUGAUUUUGGUUGAAGGUGAAGGCCUGCCCAGUGAGGUGCUGGAGAAAUCAGAUAAAAAGCAGGAUGUUCCUCCACUAAAUAAAGUGGAGGUGCUUGAUCCUGCAGAGAAUGUAGCCGAUCAGGGUGCAGCAGUGCAGGUAGACAAAGUGGACAGGGCUCCAGAUCCUGCAAGAAGACAAGGAGAGCAUCGUGGUGCUUCAGACGAGGCCCUAGCUGCAGAUAACAAAGACACAGUAGAUGAGAAGAUGAAUGUGAUAAAAAAGCUGGUUGCAGAAGGCCAGAUUGACCAUGCGGUGCUGCUGCAGGUGAUUAAGGAGCAACAGGAGCAACAGAAAAGGCUUCUAGACCAGCAGGAAAAACUCUUGGCUGUCAUAGAAGAGCAACAUAAGGAAAUCCACCAGAUACAGCCUGCUGGGGCUGUUGCUGAAGGCGAGGCAGAGAAGGGCAUCCCGGAACACUUGGAUGUGAUUGAAGGUGGAGCAGCAAAGCCCAAAGACCCUGGCCUGGACUUGAAGCAGCCGAAGGAGGGAGCUGGCAUUCCAAAGGAUGUAGGGCCUGAGCCUCAUGCUGUGGCCCAGCAUCAAGCUCAGGGAGGGGAUGGGGUUGCUGAAGCAGCUGUUGUACCUGCUUACAAGGAGGAUGGCCACAUUGCACCUGGAGAAGAAUCUCCUGAACAGAAUGAGCUUGGGGCAAGGGGAGUGCCACUGGGGAAGAAAGCACUGGAUGACAGUCAGUCUGUGCCACAAAAUAAUCAGGCAGAUAAAGAUGAAGAAAGAAGCUUAGAUAAGAAACAAAAGAAAACUGAAAAUGUUAAAACACAACAGAUUAAGAAUGACAUUCAGGCAAAACUGGAAAAAGAGCAACUUGAGAAGGAGAUGCAGGAAAAGCUGGCCAGAGUGCAAGAAUUAGAAAAGGAAAGAUUAAAUAGAGAAAGGAUAGAGAAAGAAGUGCUGGCAAGACAGGAAAAAGAGCGACUGGAAAGAGAAAAGUUGGCCAGAGAGCAGGAGCUGGAGAAGAAAAGAGAAGAGAGAGAAAGGAUAGAUAAAGAGGUGCAAGAAAGGUUAGAAAAAGAACUGCAGGAGAGGGAAAGACAGGAAAAGGUGGCCAGAGAACAGGAGCUGGAGAAAGAGCAAGCAGAGAAAGUGAAAGUGGCACAGGAAAAAGCUGCAGAUGAGAGACUGCAGCAGGAGAUCCAGAAAGCAAACGAUGAAACACUUGAGAGAGGUGCACAGGGGGUUGAGAGGGAAGAUGGUGAAGCUUUGAAGAAUGGAGGACGAGACCUCAAACAGAAAGCUGCUGCUCAGCUGGACUCCAGAGAAGGUGUGGUAGACGGGGCCGUCAAAGCCGAGGCUCAGCCUCAGGGUUCCCAUGAGAAAGUCAGGGACCAGGGGGAGACGGAUCUAAGGCGGCGGCGCAGGGCAGUGGGAAGCAGAGAAACUGGAAUGCCCCUGAAGAAGACUGAUAGUUCCAAGAGGGUUCCUGGGUUGGAGCCCCUGCUGGACCUAGGAGGCUCAGACCUGCACGCUGCCCUGGAGGAGCAGCUGCUGGCAGGGGCAAUGGUGCACUCACGGCAGAUUAAACAGGCCUCAGAGGAUGGAGGAGUAAAAUAACAGACAGAUUCUCACUCAGUGAAUUGACAGUAAGUUCAAACAUAACCUGCAUAUACAGAACCUCCUCACACUGUGGACCAUAUCAUUGCCUUAACUCUCUGUUGCCUUCAUAAAACAUAUAGACGUGUGAUACUGUGUACACUGCAAAUAACCUAGAGUCUUCAAGAGCAAUGUGUAUGUAAAUAUUAAAUUAUUUUUUCUAUAGGGUGGAGAAUUUUACAGAGUUUACUGUUUAAGUGUAUAUAAAUCUAUGCAAAUACUGUUCUAUGGAGUGUUUUUACAGGACAUACAUCUCGUGGAUUUGAUUCCAGUUCCUUUUCACCUCAUGUUUUGUAAGAUCUGUUUGUUUUACUUCUCUGCAGGUUUUUUGGUCAGCUUGUGUUUGUCUGUUACUUUGAGAUGUAAAUAUUGUGAAUCUGUUAUUGUUUAGAGUUUCGUUGACCCUACAUUUACUAUAUAUUGGAUGUAAUGUGCAUUCAAGCACUUUAAGCUUUGUUUCCUGGUACUUUCAAAUGAAAGUAGCUUAAUUCAACCAAAUGCUGGUGCUACAAAGUAUAUAGAGUAGCCUUCAUCAUAAUGAUAAACUGUGGACAAUGAGGCCACUUAAUCGAGGCCGUCUGGAUCCAUGACUUCAGAUAUUAAUCAUUCCUUCUUCAGUAUCUCUUCUUUCUUGGCUUAUCAGUGCCUUCCAUUCCAUAUACUGCAGUUGUGAUGUAACAAAGCAAAAUAUGGUCUUUUUUUUUUUCUUCCGUAGACAUAUCUUUACUGUCAACAGUACAGUCAUUACGAUCAAAUAAGAUUUGCACAAUGUGUAAAGGGCAUUGGACAAUGGAAGUAAGUCUGGAUUGUGUUUGUAGUGUUUCUUAGUAAUCCAGCUCCUCUUCUUGCUCCAUCACUUGGCAUAUCAACACAUACCGGACCUAUCUCGCUUUGUACAAGAGGCUAUAUUUCUGACUAUUCUUGUGUAUUUCUGUACAUUUUUGCGAUAAGAAAUAAAACAUCUGCUACAAA